UAAACACAUUACACUUUUCAAGAUGCCAAAAGAAGUAGAACCCUCUCUCAACGAGAGGCAAUUCUUCGCCAAAGCUCUACAAGAAGAUGUCCGUCUAGACGGCCGAAGCCUCGACCAAUUCCGAGCUUUAGAGCUCGACUUUGGAGAUGAAUACGGAGUCUCCGAUGUAAGGUUAGGAAAAACAAGAAUCCUAACCAAAAUCACCGCCGAAGUAACAACCCCCUACCCCGAACGCCCCUUCGAAGGCCUCUUCACCAUCACCACCGAGCUCUCCCCCAUGGCGCUCCCGUCCUUCGAAGUCUCGCGCCCCUCCACAACCGAGACGCUCCUCUCGCGCCUCCUCGAAAAGACCCUCCGCCGCAGCGGCGCCAUCGACCUCGAAUCGCUCUGCUUGAUAUCCGCGCAGAAAUGCUGGUCGAUCCGCGCAGACGUGCACGUCCUGAGCCACGACGGGAACCUGGUGGAUGCGGCGUGCGUCGGGAUCGUGGCCGCGCUGCGGCAUUUCAGGAGGCCGGAUACGAGUACGGAGGGCGAGGGCGUGACGGUGUAUACGGUGCGGGAGAGGGAGCCCGUGCCGUUGAGCUUGCUGCAUCAUCCGCUGUGUGUGACGUUUAGUGUGUAUGGGGAGGGGGUGCUGGGGAAGGAGGCGGAGGCGGAGGAGAAGGUGGUUGUGGAUGCGUGUUUGUUGGAGGAGCAGUUGAGGGAGGGGGCGUUGACGGUGGGGAUGAAUAGACAUGGGGAGGUGUGCCAGAUUGCGAAGUUGGGGGGAGUACCGGUUGAUGCGUUGACGGUGUUGCAUUGUGUUAAUGUUGCGAAUGUUAAGGUUAAGGAGAUUUCGAAGUUUAUUGAUUCGAGGUUACAGUUGGAUGCGAAGAAGAGGGACAAAGGAGGGUUGAUGGCGGAACUUAGUGCAGAAAAUGAUAGAGUAUCAUGAAUCAAGAUAAUAUCC